GGACCCUGGGCCUAAGCGAUAGCCUCCAUCUGCGCCGCUGCACCUCACCGCCAUGCCGCCGGCCGAGCGAGCGCCCGCAUGACCCAGUCGACAAGGGCCGCCUGUGACCGCAAACAUGCUUCCACUGUGGCCAAAGCACGCACCCUCCGAGAUAGCCGGGUGAGAUGCACUGCACAGUGCACACCGGACAUGACGGCGCCAGAGGUUGGAGGACCCUUGGAGCGCGUGGCGCGCACGAGCCGCCGAAGACCCAGGUUCGUGCAGCUGCCGAUCGCUCUCGACGAUCUUCUCCCAUCGAUACCACCGCCUCUAUCUUAUCUGCACGUCACCUCGAGCGAGCUCAGAGGGGCCACCGCACCCGUGGAAGUUGCGUUGCCGUUGUAUUGCCGUUGUAUGCGGCAGUGGAGAGAGUGGGAAUGCCGCCCACGCCGCCCCCGUAUCCAUUGUCUCCGCGAAGACACCAAGUCGCCCUCACCGCAGCCCCGCCAGAGGGCAGAGGUAUGUAGUGUCGCCCCGCAGAAGAUGGCGGGCCCUCUGAGAGGGGACGUCCUCUCUUUAUCUUCGACGGCGGUGUGCGCUUCUCCGAGAGCGCAACUGCCGGAUCGUCUUAACCCCCUGGACUAGUCACGAUGGCGCAACUUUCGCGAGAGCCCGUCCAGAUUCAUAGCCUGUUUCCGUUUUGGUCGCUUCUCAUCGCUAAAUCCACAUUGUCAGCCGCUCCUCGUUGAAGGCGCCGCAG